UUUUAAUGUCAAACUUUUUCUUCAACUAUUUUUUUUUUCAUGCCGCAGUUUUACGUCAAAGUUUAGCGUUCUGUUUCCAUAGCAACGGAGCAGCGAGACACCGGAGGACACGGAGAAGAGGAAGCUUUCAGCCUGCUCUUCAUCAUCAGUCACAGACGAAACAUGUCUUCACCCAGAGUGGGCGUGGUCAGAGACUCCAUGUUGACCAAUCCGCUGCUCAUCAAGGCGUCUCUGGGUCAGAGCCAGACCAGAGGGAUGUCACUUCCUGGUCCAGACUUCACCUUUGGAACCAGAAGCUCACACAGAGACGGAGGCGUGCCCGAGGUUCUGUCCAGCUGGAGCGUUCAGUCCAGACGAGGAGACUCCGCCCCUCAUCGACCUCUCCCUCCAGACUUCGUGUCUCUGAACCGGGACGCUGUGAAGUCCGGUCUGGUGACAGCCAAAGAGCAGAGUCAGUACAGAGCUCAGAGAGGCGGAGUCAGGACCAAGAACCCCGCCCCUAAGCAUCAGGAGGGUGGGGCCUCACAGCGCCAGGCGGUCCCUGACAUCGUGUUUGGAGUCAAAACCAGGGCGUCGUCUCCUCUGUCCGACCUCCUCUCUCAUCAGUACGGGCGCCACUGGAUCGACGAACAGCUGAGCAGGAACCAAACCAGCGACCACAAACAGCUGCAGAGGAUAAGACCAGGAAAUAUUCCCGACACCAGGACGAGUCUCCUGAGGAGGAGCAGAGCACUUCCUGUCACACAGACGCCGUUCACACUGCCGCGCUUCAAACAGGUUGCUCCUGCUCUCGACACCUUCAGGGACCAGGAGGCUCGUAUGCGGGCGUUCAGGGCUCAUCAGUCGGACUCAGUGUCCAGGAGAGGAGUUCAGGGUCUGCGGACGUACAGUCUGGACUGAGCUGAGGAGGAAACACGUUCAGUGUUAACACAAAUAAAAAAGAACACGCAUUAUAAAUCAGUGUG